AUGGCUCCAUCUUCUGUAACAGAAGAAACUCGUUCUCAGGCAAUAAUUAAUAUAAGAAAAACUCAUAAAGUAGCUCAAAGCUUACAAAAACCAUACACCAUCGGAGAAAAAGUGCGUAUAAGUAGACGUAAAAAACAUUUUGAAAAAGGUGCGACAAAUAAUUUCAGCGAAGAAAUUUUUGAAAUUUAUAAAGUUAAGAAAACCGAUCAAGGAUAUAUUUACCGUUUGAAAGACACUGCUGGUGAAUUUAUAACAUCUUUAUUCUAUCAUUACGAGCUCUGUCCCGCAAUUCUAGGCGAUCUCUUCAACGUUGAGGUUCUUAAAACACGCAUAAAUAAAAAAACAAAAAAGAAAGAGUUUUUUGUUAAGUGGAUAGGAUAUCCUGAUAAAUUCAAUAGUUGGGUAGAAAAUGUGGAAUCAACCUGA